AGCAGAUGCUUGCGUGCGACCUGGAGGUUCUCGAAGGCAUGCACAAUCACUUCAGCUCUGUUUUGAUCUGCCGCUCAUCUGUCUUGUUUCUUCCGCCUCCGUCACUGGCCAGACGGGUACACAUGAUGCUUCCCCAGACCGUGAGGCGUGCAGUCAGCAGCCUCCCCACCCCCCGGGCAGUCAGCCUGGAGUCCCUCACCCUCAUGCAGCCACACCGGGCUGCAUUCCCCAUCCCCCCUCAGGCGUCAUUGGCAGCAUUAUCAUGCCGGAGGAGCAUGAGUGUCGUCACGUCAGCAGCGGCAGCCGCCCACCGCCACCGCCACCGGCAUCAGCCUCCCCUCCCCUCUGGCUUCCUUCCCUGGUCGUCCCUCUCCACCCACCCGCAUGCGCACCUGAGACAGCUGCAGCUGCGGCACAGCUCGACCAGCUUCAUCAAGCAGGUCAUGGACCAGGUCAAGCGCGACAUCGAGAAGGACCCCACCAUCAUGGAGCAGAGCAAGAAGCUCGAGGACAGCGGGCUGCCCCAGUACAAGGAGGAGAUCUUCACCAAAGUCAAGGAGGCCACCGACACCGUCUCGGAGGCCGCCACGGUCGCCAUCAAACGCACCAGAGAUGUGCUGGGCAAGACCAAGGAGCAGGUGGACAAGGCCAGGGAGGCCGUGUCGAAGCUCACUGAGGAGAACCCCGCACUCAAGGGCGUCAAGGACGCCACCAGGGGUGCGGCGAGCGGCGUCGGUCGGGCGUUCUCUGUUGUGUCUGAGUUUGCGAGCAAGCGUCUGGAGUUUUUGAGCGAGGACAAGGACUCGGCGGCGGCUAAGGUGCGCCGGUGGAAGGAGGAGAAGGAGGAGAAGGCCAGGCAGGAGGAAGCCGUCAGGUGGGUGACGUGACCAGCGCAGCUAUCCACGCAAAUACGUCGAUCCAUUGGUCUGUCUGUCUGUCUGUCACAGGAAAGCAAAGGAAGACGGUGCCGAGGAGGAGGAGGCCACCACACACAAGGCGACUGCAACAGCAACAGCAGCCGCCCCCGAAGCCUCAGCUGAGGCGGCCGGAUCAUACUCCAGGGCGUCAGAGGCCGCUGGUGGUGCGGCCGAGCGGAUGACGUCGGCGGAGGAGGCGGCGGCCGAUGACGCGCUGGUCGUGUCGAUGAAGCAUGACUCCACUUGGGACAAAUUCGGCACACGGCUGAGGGACAUGCCAUUCCUGCGCAACUUUUUUGGUUCGCAUACAGAAGGGCGUGGGAUCACGCACCCGAGUGUUGGCAGACAUGGAUGUCCUUCAUAAUGUUUUGCGUGUGUGUGCAUGUGUGUGUGUGCAGAGAAUCCUUAUUUCGGGAAGCUGUUUGGCGAGACGGAGAUCGGCAAGUGCCUCCGAGAAAUGAAGAGGAUCGACCCGGCUUUCAGGUAUGUACCGGCACACACGGCACACCCAGCAUCCACACACACACACACAUGACAUGUGGGUGCCUCUGUGUGUCAGGUUGGCGGAGUUCCACGACACCAUUGAGCAUGUGGUGGCCCCGAAGCUCGUGCAGGCCUUCCUGGAGGGAGAUGACGACCUUAUGAAGCUGGUAGGCAUCCGCACCAGCACACGCACAAGAGAAACGGGCGGACGGCUCAUGCACCGCGUCCGUCUGUGUCUGUCUCCAUGUGUCUGCUAUGCGUGAUACUGAUCAGCAAUGCGGCGACGCUGCUUACGCGACGGUGCACGGUGUGUUCCAGGAGCGCGUCAAGCAGAAGGUCGACCUCGACACGUCCAUCCUACUGCCACCAAGAGCUGUCGAGCUCAAAGGUGCACUCAUUCCCCUUUUCCCCCAAGGCCUUUCAAUGCAUGCACCAUCCAUCGCCCCCAUCCGCGUGUGUGUGCGUCAGGUGCCCGCUCGAAGGGCGAGGAGGAGGCCCCGUGUUUCGUGUGGACGUUCAAGACUCAGCAGAUCAACUGCCUGCGCGACAAGAAGGGCAACGUGGUGGAGGGCGCCAUCGACGACAUCCGGGAGGUCUUCUACGCCAUAGCGGUCGUCAAGCACCCCGAGCCGGACCGGCAGGGGCUGGAGUUCCCUUGGCAGGUCAGAGAGAGAAAGAGAGAGAGAGAGAGAGCGAGGGGGUGGCCAGAUGUAUGCGGUAACGCUGAACUGUGUGCUGUGCGUCGGUGUGCCAGGUUGAGGAGCUCGCCAUUGUGGGCAGCAACUCUGUGUGGUGAAGCCGAGCGAAGAGAGCAGCGUGGCGGGUGUGUCCUUCGAGCUCUUCGUCUUUCGAGCCAGACAGACUGUGUCUUCGACCAACGGGAGUCUGCCCUUCCGGCUAUUCAUCCGACACCGACAACGCAGCCCUUUGGUGGCUUGUGCUGAUGCGAGUCACCGAAUCGCUGCGCAGUGGGGGCCGUAUGUCUUGCCGGAGGAGCCAACACCCACCCAGCGAUGCAUCUGUCCAGUCGAUUUCCUUAUUCAUUGAUUGAGUGUCCCUCUCUCGUCGUCUUUUGAGUAGCCAAUCAGCCCGGACGCGAAGGCGCAUCUUGGAUCCCUCCGAAGAUGUGCCUUCGCGUUUGACCUGGUGUGGCGUUCGGGGAUGGCUCGGAGGGACUUCUCGAGCGAGCUUCUCCGUUUUUCCCUUUCGUGGUGCGUGUCUUGCUUGCUUCUGCCUGCCUGCCUGCCAAAGGCAUGUCUUUCCUCCUCACCUCUUCCUCUGUGCCAAUCGAUGCCAUGCUGGUGUUGCGUAUUACGCGUUGUGUGUCGGGGCGGCGCCAUUAUCGCGACUCGCCUUUGCGUGUUUGUGGGUUUUGGAUGGAUGAAUGUGACCGACACACACAGAGAGUCUUCCGCGCAUCCUGUAGAUACCAUAUACCUUCCGCGUCCAUCGAUUGCUCUUUGACUUUCUCUCUCUGCGUCUCGACUGUACAUGUGUUGAUUCAUUCGAUUGGACCCUCAGUGCUACCAAUGGUUCCUUCGUGCCUGUCAUGUUCAUUCAUGGUUCACGUCAAGUGUCUUCGGGGAUUUUACAUCCACGCAAUGAUAUCCACCCAUCCACCCACCUUGCUAUCAA